GUAGCCUUGAUAUCGGGAAACUGACUGGAAUAUUUCUAUUCAUUGUUAUACAAUUUUUUGUGGUUGAUAUUCCUACAGAACUGCUAUGAGUACCGUCGCCACCUAGCGGUUCGUGACUGCCACUAACUGACAUGUCGUCUAGCGAAGCCACGUCGAAUAGACGCAAAGAUGCUCCACCUAGGACGCCGAGGAAGAACAAGCCGCGAUCGCGGUCGGCGGCCAGACGGAACGAUCUGGAAAAACCGAAGAAGAAGAGGAACGUCAGCGCGGCCCACUCGUUCGCCUCCAUUCCCAACGCCAUCAAGCUGUCCAUGCUGAACAGCGGACUGCUGCCCACCAGCAGAUUCAAUGAUGACAAUGAAUCAAUUGUUACAACGAUCACAGAUAAUCCUAUAGAAAUCAGGGAUUUCAUGAAGAUAUGCGAUCAGAGGAAGAAAUUUCCUGUUCUAUAUAAAUUGGAAUUUGAGAUUGCUAUAAAAGUAGAAACACACUCUUGUAAACAUGGUACUAAGAAGAGUAAUGUAGAGAAAAACCAAAACCAGAGAUGCAUUCCUUAUGAUUAUAAUAGGGUAGUCUUAGACUCGAUUGCUGGUGGGCAUGAUACUGAUUAUGUAAACGCAUCUUAUGUAGAUAGCUUAUUGAAACCAAACGCCUACAUAGUCACGCAGGGCCCUACAGAAGAAACAGUUGCAGACUUUUGGCGGAUGGUUUGGCAAGAAAAUGCGAGUUGUAUAGUAAUGUUGACGAAAACCUUCGAUUUCAUCAAGGUGAUGUGUGUUCAGUACUGGCCAGCAUCCAAAGAUAUAGAAGAAGCUUAUGGAGGCAUAAACCUCCGAAUAUUAGUAGAGGAAGAGCUAGCCAAUUUCCAUAUAAGGACCUUCAGGUUGAGCAAGAAGGAUGGUGAAGGCAUCACGGAAGAGAGAACAAUCCUUCAAUUUCAUUAUACACAGUGGCACAGCCAUUCGUGUCCUUUCACGAAUGCCCUUCUAGAGUUCAGGAGAAGGGUCCGGGCAGUGGUAGGACACGUGAUCAAAUCCAAUGAGGCCGGUCCCAUGGUAGUACAUUGCAAUGAUGGCGGUGGAAGAUCAGGAGUAUAUUUAUCAGUGGACGCUAAUAUGGAAUUGGCCGAAGAAGAGGAUAAGUUUGAUGUAUUUGGAUACCUGAAGAAAUUGAGACAAUCAAGGAAAGGCCUAGUUGAUAAUGUAGAGCAGUAUAAAUUCGUCUAUGAUACAUUAGAAGAGCACGUUACUUGUGGAAAUUCUUGGUUUCCCGUCAAUGAACUGUCCCAAAGAUUGAAGCAGAAAUCUACAAAAAGCACCAUAACAAAACUCAACGAAUACCAAAGGGAAUAUAUGCUUAUUUGUAAACAAACUCCACGUUUCACCAUAGGAGACUGUGCAGGAGGGCACAGAGGGGAUAAUCGUAAGAAGAAUAGAGACGUGCUCAUCGUUCCACCUGACAAUUUCCGCCCAUACCUCACAUCAUUCCAAGGAAAUAGUUACACAGAUUAUAUAAAUGCUGUUUUUGUUGAUGGAUACACGAAACCUAAAGAAUAUAUUGUAACUGAAUGGCCUAUCAAAUCCACUUGCGGUGAAUUUUGGUCCCUGGUUUACGAUUACGACUGUUCAGCUGUUGUGAUUUUAUGUGUUCCACCUCAUAAUUCGCAACAGUUUCCAUCAUUUUGGCCUGAAGGCAGGACAUCAAAAAAAUACGGCCCUGUGUUCACCAUCGAUCAUAUAUCGCAUAGCCACUACACCAACAUCAAAACAUGGGUGUUCCGAAUGAAUAAAAAGAUCGUGUCCCUAACUGAACUGAUGGCUGGUGUCAAAGCCCCCCCUAAGACUGUGCAGCUGUUCCAACUAACCUGCUGGCCUAUGGGCCAUAAAGUGCCAUCGUCCACGAACUCGUUGGUGGAGUUGAUGAACAUGGUCGAGAGGUGGCGACAGCGGACAGACUACGGGCCCGUUUGUGUUGUAUCUCCGGAUGGUAGGAGUAGAUGUGGCAUAUAUUGUGCUGCCAAUGCGUGUAUAGAACAGGUCAUACAGCAUGGCGAAGUAGACGUCUUCCAAGCAGUCCGGACUGUCAGAAGACAUAGACCUCAGCUUAUAGAAAAUAUAACCGAGUACAAAUAUUGCUACGAUGUCGUUCUUCACUACGUCCUUCACUACCUCCAAAAAGAUCUCGAGGAGAUAAAAAUAAAGCACUAGGAAUACACCUGAUUGAUGAACUUUGGAAUCAAUCUACGAAAUGAUUUUUUACAAUGGCUUUUUUGGCAUUCUUGUAUCAAAGUUAAAGUCAGCCCUAAAAUAACAAAAAAGAUGUUCCAAGAGAUUGAAACACUUUCUAGGCACCUUUUAAUUAUUAUUAUUUCUAUAAGUAUUUACGAAAUUGAGGGCAAUUUAUAAAUAAUGUUUACGUUUUUAAAUCCUUCUUCUGUUGGUACAGGCAAAAUUUGUAGAAAUGGAUUAAGAACCCAAAAAACGCUUGGUAAGAUUGUUAAGUUUCAGUUGCAAUGCAAUACAUACAAUAAUUUCACAGAUAAAAAUCGAAUCGAUUUUCUUCUAAAUUUUCUUCUGGUUAUAAUUCUGUCUCUACUUGAAAAUGAUGAGUAUUUAUUUCAACGACACUGAAAGAGGAAAUAUUUCUGAGAUUUUGCCUAUAUCAAUUCGUAGAAGGUCCUGAGUGAAAUAAUAUGGCUGACUUUGAAUUUUGUACUAUCAAAUCUGUUUUGAUGUUCACUGCAUCACGUCCCACCAUUUUUGACCCUAUUUGAAGAUCAUGAAACACCUUGAUAAUUUAUUCCUCCAGAUAUGAAUGAAGUAUCUUCCUGUAUUUUAUUAUGAAUUAUUAUUAUUAUACAGUUUGUUUCGAAUUGACCUGUAAAAUUGUAAAUGAGGUGUAAAUUGAACAUUGACACCUGUGAUUUGUCCAGGAGGGUUUAUAAUUAAAUAAGUAAUUUUUUCCUC